GGAACAAGCAUCCGGGAGCGCGGAAUGAAACGGGUCGCAUACCUUACUUACAUUACUAGAAAUAGUGGAGUAAAAUACUUCGAAAAGGUUUUCCUGACCAAGAAACAGAAAAGAGUCAGUCCCCCAGAGAUACGAAGAUUUCCCUUGAUAUCACCAAAAAUAUCUUCCUUUUUUUUUUGCACUGCAGAACACACCUCAGACAUCCACAUUGCUUAGAAUAAACUGACAUGGCCUUGGUAGUCCCGGUCCCAUCCCGUCUACUGUGGGCUCGUUUAGCAGCCCUGGUGUUUGCAUGUGUGGCGUUCAGUGUCGCGCACGGAUCAGGCGCGAAUGGUGGUAUGUACGACUGGUGCAUGUUCUGCUGGGUGUUCAGUUUCGCCGGCACCUUGCUGGUGUUGCUGGUGGAGCUGCUGGGUCUGCAGUCACUAAGUCCCGUGUCCUGGACCAACUUCCCCAUCACUUUUGCCUGUUACGCAGCACUCUUCUGCCUCUGUGCCUCCUUCAUCUUCCCAUUUCACUUCAUCAAAGACACCAAUGUCUAUGACAAGAGCCGCAAUCACAGGAUUGCCAGCACAGUCUUUUCCUGCCUGGCCACCUUUGCGUACGUGGUAGAGGUGAGCUUGACUCGCGCGCGCCCCGGUGAAGUGGCCGGCUACAUGGCUACGGUGCCCGGCCUGCUCAAGGUGUUCGAGACCUUCGUGGCCAGUGUCAUCUUUGUCUUCAUCAGCAAUCCCAUAUCCUACACCUAUCACGACGCGCUGAAAUGGUGCAUGGCUGUUUACUGUAUUUGCUUCAUCAUAUCAGCAGCCAUUGUGAUGCUGUGUGUCGGCGAGUGUACGGGCUUCCUUCCUUUCCCAUUUUCCCGCUUCCUGUCUGCCUAUGCCCUAUUGGCCGUGGUGAUGUACCUCACUGCUACCAUCAUCUGGCCGGUUUUUCAGUUUGAUAGCCAUUACUCCACGGUGAAGCGGGACUAUCACUGCCUCUCUAGGGGACUUUGUCUGUGGGAAAAACUGGUCACCAUAGCUGUACUGACCGCUGUCAACUUUCUGUUGUACCUGGCAGAUCUGGCAUACUCUGCCCGAUUGGUGUUUGUCAGCACAUGAAAAACUGGGAAUCAGCACAUCAGUACAUUUCAUAUAUUGGUUUGUGUCUACCACUGCUGCCUCUGUGUGACAGAUCCACACACUGCUGAGCUGAUACAGAUGUUUUACUGUGCCAUGUCUUUGUGCUGCUUACAUGUGAAGCCUGUAUCUCUAACCUAUAUGUACAAUUUUGCACAAAAUGCAUGCUGUACAACAAUAUUUGAUGUGUUUUAAUUCAGUUUUUAUUCAGCAUAUUGGAACAAUCCAAAAUGAAAAUCUUGGAAACCUGGCAAGCACGUUUUCAGUGUUUGUAUGCUUGUAUAUGUUUUAUACAUUUUCAGUCACAUUAGAUGUGAUCUUAAAGUUGUUUGCUACAAUAUUAAGUGAAUAAAUAAUUAUUCUCACAUA